AUGGCAGGGGUGCAAGAUGCCUGUGAUUUGUGCGAGACUGCUGUUAAUGAUGACGACAUCCCUUUACAAGAGCCAUUUCGCCUAACAAUCGACAUCAAAGCCACCCUGGUCAACAAACCACUCACAAAGGAAGAUAAGAAAAUCCGGAAGACUGCCAGGGAGGAUAAAAUUGAAGAGCUGACCAAAAAGGUUUCAGCCUUGCGAAACGCUGGAGGAGGGGCUUUGUUCGUUCAUCUGCAAGGUCUGUCACCCAAUGAUCGCUGUCUCGGGCUCUUUAACGAAUAUGUCGAUGACACGUUAACAAAACUGAUCGAAGACGGAGUUCUGUUUGUCGACACAUACACCAAAAUCUGGCUGAGUGAACACACGACGAGUGAAGGAUACCAAGAGUAUUUGCUGCUUAUUGUUAAGUCAUCCCCUUCUUUGACCACAGCAGAUUUCAAAACCAAGGUGAAGGAAAGCGUGUGUACCAUGGCCGGUGUUGCCUAUAUGAAAGAACCACGAAACACAGAAGUUGUUGUUUCAUGGCCAAGUAACUCCCCACUUCUUCCGAGGGUCAGACUGCAAGAGAAACUAUUUGAAGCAAUCCAGACGCAUGUCCUCACUUCUGGUAAGCUGUCGGUAUAUCCACCAAAGACUGCACGCACCAUGUCAGACAUCCUAUACCAGAGAAUUCAGAUUCAUGGAAAACAUUUCGAAGGAGGAUUGUCUUUUGUGACAAGAUCACUAGCAGUGGUGUUGAAUCUUCCGAAGGUUGAUAUUCCAGAUGGAGUGAUAUCGGAAGUAUUCUAUGUUCUUCCAGAUCGUCCAUCAAUGAUCCUCUGCUUUGUGUGUGAGAAAAGAGACGAUCUCGGGAAAUAUGUUCUCCGUCUUGCCCGGAGAGCAAUAAAUCAAAUCCGGAAGUAUACAGAUGAACAUUUCAGCGCAGUCUAUGGUCUCCUGGACCCUGGUGAUUUAGAAUCAGACAACCUAUUCGCUGAUGUCUUGAGGUCGAUUGAAGACAAAACCUCUGCUUUAUGCAGCUUGCAUGCACUUAGCAUGAACAAUGUGAAAUGUAUGAACAUAAUACGUGCCUUUCUUGCUGCAGUAGCAGUUACUGAUCUCACAGAAGGACACAGCAUGAAACCGGAACUGCGCUUACUGUCCAAACAACAGUUCUGCAAUUUGGUGGAAAACAUUGAUAAGGACAUGGUAGUGAUUGACAAGGCCACAAGUACAGAAGCAGAUGGAUGUUCAGAGAUACUUAUGAUCGAAGUUGCAAGGAGGCUAGAGAAGAGGGGACCAACCAUCCUUCUUGUCCAGGAGGACCUCAAGAUAAAGCUGCAAGAACAACAUGCAGACAUUGUGUCUCAUAUACUUGCUUCUGACGAACUGGAAGACGUUUCUAGAGAUAACUAUCCUAACAUACAACACAUCGUCGCAGCCAAUAUGAAAAAUGAAUGACAUCAAGAAACUUCAACCAGACCAUGAAAGAAGUGGACAAACUGUCAUUUGGCUUUUCCACAAUUCUGAGGAACUCAGUUUUUCUGGAGAAACAUCUACUUAUGAAAGUGCUGAUGACAUGAGCCAUUCUAGAAAUGAGGAUGGGUACUGGUCGGAGGUGACUGAAUCUGAUGAUGACGACAUGGAGGCAAUACAAUCAAGUGAUGAUGCAAGGGAAGCAGGUGAAAUACAGCUGCAAGAUAAGUCCAGAGAUGACAGUCUACGUGGUAGGACUAUUUCCGAAUAAGCUUUGUCU